AUCCGUCUCCUUCUCUUUCCUCCACUCGAUUUCCUCCCUCCUCUCUUAUCACCAGAGAGAAGAAAGAGAUAAGCAACUUCUGGAAAGAAAAAAAAAGCUUCGAGCAAGAUCAGUGAACAAGCGACAUGUCUUGCUCUAAUCUGACAAUGUGGGUUUCAUCAAAACCCUCCCUUCCCGAUUCAUCUGCCUUGUCCUUCCGCUCAGUUCUCAGCCCACUUCACCAUCAUCUCCCUAAUUACAGCUCCAACUCCAACGUCUCUUCCAGAUCCUCGUCUGUGACGCCGAUCCAAUGCGGUCUCCGGGAGCUCAGAGACCGUAUCGAUUCUGUGAAGAACACCCAGAAGAUCACGGAAGCCAUGAAGCUCGUCGCCGCUGCGAAAGUCAGGAGAGCUCAGGAAGCUGUCGUUAAUGGAAGACCCUUCUCCGAAACCCUAGUCGAGGUUCUUUACAACAUCAACGAGCAGCUUCAGACGGAUGACAUCGAUGUCCCUCUCACCAAAAUCAGACCCGUCAAGAAAGUUGCUUUGGUUGUCGUCACCGGGGAUCGCGGCCUGUGCGGUGGAUACAACAAUGCAAUCAUCAAGAAAGCUGAAGCAAGAAUCGCUGAGCUCAAGGGUCUGGGCCUUGACUACACGGUCAUCAGCGUUGGGAAGAAGGGGAAUGCAUAUUUCAUCCGAAGACCGUACAUUCCAGUCGACAAGUUCCUCGAAGCAGGUAAUCUCCCGACAGCAAAAGAAGCACAGGCCAUAGCCGACGAUGUCUUUUCCCUGUUUGUGAGCGAGGAAGUGGACAAAGUCGAGCUUCUCUACACAAAGUUCGUCUCUUUGGUGAAAUCCGACCCAGUGAUCCACACUUUGCUUCCACUCUCGCCGAAGGGAGAGAUCUGCGACAUCAACGGAAACUGCGUGGACGCUGCAGAGGACGAGCUGUUCCGGCUAACGACCAAGGAAGGGAAGUUGACGGUGGAAAGAGAGACCAUUCGGACAGCAACUGUGGAUUUCUCACCGAUCUUGCAGUUCGAGCAAGACCCAGUUCAGAUCCUCGAUGCUCUACUGCCUCUCUACCUCAACAGCCAGAUCUUGAGGGCUUUGCAGGAAUCUUUGGCAAGUGAGCUUGCUGCCAGAAUGAGCGCCAUGAGCAGUGCCUCCGACAAUGCCGUGGAGCUCAAGAAGACGCUUUCCACCGUCUACAACAGGCAGCGUCAAGCCAAGAUCACCGGCGAGAUCCUCGAAAUCGUCGCCGGAGCAAAUGCCUUGGUCUGAUCUAUAUAUACAUAUAUAUAUGUAUUGAUAUAUUGAUGGCCUCGUUUUGUAGGUUAUACAAAAAAAAAAGUGGAAUUCUAAUUAUGAGUCUCUUUGCUCAUAUCGUUUGUAUAAUAAGACUCACACUCUCGUUUGGUUGGCAUUAUAUAAAAAAUAUCCACCAUUUGCUAUUUUGAAUUCAAAA